AUCUAUCUCGCAAAAUCGGCGCUUCCCUCCUAAGUAGUCCUCCUCCUGAAUUCGGACUCGCACAGCUCUUCCCUGAACCGUCACCUGGUCGCGCAAGCAGGCUUUACUCCUACAUGUCCUGCGUGCCUCGUUAUGCAUGCAUUUCUCCAAAACUUACCAGCAGCUGCUGCUCACUCUUCCACCAGAGCUGAGGGAUAGCGCGAUCGAAUAUCGCAAGCUCAAGAAGCUGAUUAACCAGGUCGUGACAGAGCUUACAUCGCUCGGACUUGCCCCAGAGGUUCUUCACGAUGUCCUGCAGCCAGGAAGCGCCGAGUUGACUACUCCUCGAACAAUAAAAGUCAAUGAGCAGGAUGUCGAGGUCAUAUAUGAGCUGAGCAAUGUCGAGGACCACAUUGAGCCUCGCCUGCGUCUACGCAUCGAGUCACACGACCAACCCGAGGUCACUGCCUCGGCCAGGGAAGCGGAUGUUUCCCUUCUGGAUGACGGCCUAGAGGUCGGGGAUGAGCUUGCGACAUUAUUUGCGGGUGUUGGCAUCGGUUCGGAUGGCAUUCUUAGCACAGACGAGUCUGUCCUCAUCUCACCCGGAGUCGCGGAAGCCGCAGCGUCAGCCAGCUCGCUACACGAUGCCCACGAAGUCGUCAUACCCCUCGCCUCCGACUCGGCCUUCUACCAACUCCUCACGCAGGCCCUCCAGAUCCUCAGCUCCCGCCUGACCGCCGUCCGGCUCGACUUCGAGUCGAAGCUGCACGCCCUCUCCCGCAGCAUCUCCCUCGCCGCGCGGCCCAUGUCCGCCACGCACUCCUUCCGGGCGCACUCCGCGCACGCGACGAUCCCCUCCGCGAUCGACGUGCAGACGCCCUCGCACAUCCCCUUCGCCGCGGGCAAGUCCGACCUGUACGCCUGGCGCGAGAUCUUCCAGCUCUACAUGGACGCGGAGAUCUUCGAGAGCCACGCGGAGGCGACCCGCGGGGAGCGCACCAUCGAGGACGCCGAGGCGCACAUGGCGAUGUUCCUCGAGCAGCUCGACGCGCGCGAGCUCGGGAGCGGGCGGCGCUUCGCGGUGAAGGAGAGCCGCGACGCACUGCAGGCGUUCCUCAGCCUGAACGCGUUCAUCCUCGACCUCCGCAAGUUCCAGCAUGCGACGGCAGAGGCGACGCGCAAGAUCCUGAAGAAGCACGCGAAGCGCACGGCCCUGCCACUCCCCCCUGCGCUGGCGUCACCGUUCAUGGUCCCCGAAGGCGCGAACCCGCGGACAUUCUCGAUCGUGUUUCCAACGACAGGCGGGGCGGCGGCGCUUGUACCCCGCUCAUCUGUGUCGCUAUCACACCUGCUUGGGCAGGCGCUGGGCGAGACCAUCCUGCCGAUAAUCCCGCACAUCGACGACUACGCAUGUCUGAUAUGCACGAACAUCGCCUUCAAGCCGAUCCGAUUGUCUUGUGGACACCUGUUCUGUGUGCGAUGUUUGGUAAAGAUGCAGAAGCGCGGCCAGGAUCAUUGUCCGAUGUGUCGCGCACACACCGUCCUCUCUGCGAAUCGAUUCUUUGUAGCCAACGUCGACUGGGCGAUGCUCAACUUUAUGAAGGACUGGUUUCCGAUCGAGUCGAAAAAGAAACUACGACAGAACGAGAGAGAAGUCGCAGAGGAAGAACUGGAAGAACUCGGUAUCGACAAUCCGAAUUGUAUAGUCAUGUAA